AUGGACAUGCAAGACGUGGACUAUGAACUAGUAUAUGAACCAGGCAAAGAUGAAGCAGAUCCACUUGACUUUCUGUCUAGACAUCCAUUGCCAGAAACAGGAUCCGACAAGACAGAAAAGAUGAUCAAGCAAAUUGUCAUGGAUGAACAUGCAGUUAUCCUUGACAAGAUCAAAGAUGAAACUACACAAGACCCACAACUGAGCAAACUCAAACAAAAGAUCACCAGAGAUGACUGGGAAGAAUUCAGGAAAGAUGAUGACAUCAAGCCAUUCUAUCCUCUUAGACAUGAGCUAUACAUUGCUGAGGGUAUGAUCUUCAGACUGAAUUUGAUUGUCAUACCAGCCAAACUGCAAAGAAAAGUGAUCAAAGCUGCUCACAAAAUGGGACAUCUGGGCAUGACAAAAACAAAACAAAUGCUCAGAGAGAAAUAUUGGUUCCCAGAGAUGAAUACACUGACAGAACAGAUGAUAGGCCAAUGCUAUGAAUGUCAAGUCACCACUAAACAGCACAGGCAGGAACCAAUCAAAAUGACCACAAUACCAGACAAACCUUGGGAUGUAAUCGCAGUAGACUUUGGAGGUCCAUAUCCAGAUGGCCACUACAACCUAGUUGCUGUAGACAAAAGAACGAGGUAUCCAGAGGUAGAGACGACUCAUUCUACUUCCUUCAAGGCAACAAGAACCAAGAUGAAAAAGAUGUUUGCCACCCAUGGGAUACCCAACAGAGUGGAAACAGAUAAUGGACCACCUUUUAAUUCCAAGGAGUUCAAAGAGUUUGCAAAGGAAGAGGGAUUCGAGCAUAAAACGGUCACACCAGACCAUGCCCAAGCCAAUGGAGAAGCAGAAGCUUCCAUAGGCUGGGCAUCGUUGACCUUUGACAUGUUUGUCAUAUCCACAGUAUGUGCAUCUUGUCUGCUUUCUCUCAUCUGUUGA